CGCAUGAGGUACUUCCGGUUUGAUCAGGCCUGGCAAUCGGUCGCCGGGCUGGUGGUGUCUGCGCACACGGUGCUUCUGCUUGGGCUCAGGGCCGUGGAAUCCGGCGACUGUGUCGCCAGUCCUGGUUGCCAGCCAUGGCCUCUCUGCUGGCCAAGGAUGCCUAUCUUCAGGACUUGGCCAAGAAGAUCUGCGCGCAGCCUGGCCCUGAGCGGCAAUGGAACAAGUGUGCUGUCAGAACAAAAGGCUCAGAAGCUGCCAGGCCCCCCAAAAAGAAAAGGAAGAAAACACAAAAGAAAUCUUGGGAACAGGAACAGAAAGCUACAGAGCAAAAGACUAAAUCCUUGGUGAAGAAGUCUCCCACCUCUUCAAGGGCCAAGCAACCAGUGGAAUCCAAAGAAGAGAACUCCAGCUUUCUGGAGUCCUCUAAAGAUAGCCAAGGCACAGCACCUGAUUCUGUCUUUGCAUUGGAUUUCCUGCGACAGCGGCUACAUGAGAAGAUCCAGCUGGCCCGGGGCCAGGGCAGUGCCAAGGAGUUGUCUGCUGCCACUCUAGAGAAAAGACAGCGGAGAAAGCAGGAGAGGGAACGGAAGAAGAGGAAGCGGAAGGAGCUUCAAGCUAAGGUGAAGGCUGAAACAGCUGAGAAAAAAGAGGAACCAGCCAAGAUGCCCCCACAAGUGGCCUGCAAGGAGCUACAGGAGUCGGGGCUGAUCUUUAAUAAGGUGGAAGUGACUGAAGAGGAGCCGACCAGCAAGGCCCAGCGCAGGAAGGAGAAGCGGCAGAAGGUGAAAGGGAACUUGACACCACUGACAGGCAGGAAUUACAGGCAGCUGCUGGAGCGUCUGCAGGCGCGGCAGGGCCGCCUGGAGGAGCUUCGCGAUCAGGAUGCAGGCAAGGCCCAGGAGCUGGAGGCCAAGAUGAAGUGGACCAAUUUGCUGUACAAGGCUGAGGGUGUGAAGAUCCGUGACAAUGAACACCUGCUGCAGGAGGCCCUGAAGCGCAAGGAGAAGCGCCGGGCACAGCGGCAGCGCAAGUGGGAGAAGCGCUCAGAGCAUGUGGUGGAGAAGAUGCAGCAGCGUCAGGACAAGCGGCGCCAGAACCUGCGAAAGAAGAAGGCGGCUCGAGCUGAGCGGCGGCUGCAGAAGGCCCGUAAGAAGGGCCGAGUGCUGCCACAGGACCUGGAGCGUGCCGGCCUUUCCUGAGCAGCUUGCUACCUGCCAGAUUCCUGGCCAGGCACCCUCCCCACCUGGAUGCUAUGUACAUCCUUGAGGGCUGAAGUGGUAUGCAGUGCUGGUUCACAUUUAGGUGACAAACUGUGUCUCCUGUGUGAGGUCGACCCUUGUACCCCACAGCCAUAGUGCCAAGAUAUUUCAGCAGCAUCUUUAAGCAGAACAGUGUUCUCCAGUCCCUGAUAGGGGUGAAGGGGAUCUGUGCUCAGAGUGCUGUGAAGGGUGUGUGUGUACAUGUGAGUCAGGAAGAGGUUGGGAUGGGGCACCCCAUUGACCUCGGCCUGCCCACCUGUAUUUCCAGUAACCAUUAGAACAAAAAGCCUUGACUACUGGUUCUGUAUCCACAAGUCCCUGGGAACAGAAGAGACUAUGGAGCUCUUGGAAAAUCGGCUCCUGUCAUUCAUGUCUCUGGGCCAGAGCUGUCUUGAUCUGCCUGCUUCUUCCAAUUUCAGUCUUGUUUUCCUGGGAACCUCAGUGGUCUUAGGCUAGCAUCCAACUCAAAGCCCAGAGUCCUUCCUGAGUCCACAGGCUGUGCAUUAGGUCACACGGCCACCUGUGAUCCAGUUCGUGGCCGAGGCUUUGGUUGUAGUGGUGUGCUGGUUAGUUUUAUGUCAGUUUGACACAAGCUAGACUUACCUGAGAAGGUGGAGCCUCAACUGAGAACCCCCCCUGGAUUGGCCUGUGGGUGGCAUGUGGUGCAUUUUUACUGGUGAGUGGUGUAGGGCAGUGCCACUCUGGGCUGGUGGUCCUGAGUUGUGUAAGAAAGCAGGCCAAGGUAGCCAGGGGGACAAGCCAGGAAGCAGCACUCCUCUCUGGCUUUUGCUUUAGUUUCUGCCUCCAGGUUUCUGCUCUGGCUUUCCUUGGUGAUGCAGUGUUAUAAAUACAUAAAUGUAAUAAUGAGGUAAACCCUUUCCUCCGCCAAGUUUUUGGUCAUGGUGUUUUAUCUCAGCAGUAGAAACCCUAAGACAAGUUAGUGUGCUUUCAGAGGCAAGGAGGGAGACCCUGUUCUAAAAAAUGGAAACAGCUGGGGAGAUGCCUCAGCUGGUAAAAGCAAGUAACUGCAAGCCAAAGUGCAAAACUUUAGUUUUUGAAACCCUUUUUAAAAUCCAGAUGUGGUGUGUACCUAUAAUCCCAGCACUCACUAAAAACUGUGAGGUGGAGAGUCAGAAUUGCCUGGGAGCAGCUAGGCCCAACUAACCAGGAGUACAGUAGCAGAAGAGAAGUCCCUGUAUCAGUAAGAUGGAAGUCACAGCCAGCUGUGGACGUAGCCAGGCACACAUAUACCCCCACCCCAACAAACAAACCAAAAACAGCUGGUGAGAUAUCUCAGUGGGUAAAGCACUUCCUAGUGAGCCUGAUGACCCAAGCUUGAUCUUCAGAGCCUGCAGUGGAAGGAGAGCACUGGCCUUAAGACAGUACGGUGGCAUGGCUCUCAUACACGGAAAAAAAAGAUCUAGGUAAUUGGGCAGAUACAGUUAGGCAAGUGGCUAGAUUUUUAAGUUAUGAAGGAGUUGAAAAAUUAUAAAAUAUUCCAAGAAAACCACUGGUUAUGGUUUAAAUCCAUAAUGUCCUGGAAGGCUGUGCCUGAAUGGCUGAUAUCCUAGCAGUGCAGGUACUUUGUGGGAGGUUCCCUUGUGAAAGCUUUUCCCCCCUUACCAGGUUAUCCUGGCAACUUACUCUCUCCUGAGCCAAUUAGCCAAUCAGAGUGUGAAGUUAGCCCACCAACGGGAUCAGACAUAGUCACCACCUGAGCUGAGGAGAAAAGACUGGCCAGCUUGGCCAUGUGUACUCACAGCCUCAUUUGGGUUCCAGUGUACCUGUUUUUACUAAAAGUGCAUUGUUGAGUUACUUUCACUGUGAGUUUCUUUGUAGACAGUGAAGUUAUUUUCUAAUAGUUUGGCUGGCAGAGACACUUGAUGGACCCAAGGGCAGGUAGCCUACCUUGCUUCCAUCUAGUUCUGUUUCCUGAACUUUUGCCAUGUGACCACCAACUACCUCAAACCCACGAUGGAUUACAGGUUUCCUCUACCCAGUCUGGCAAAACAAAAUGUAUAUCAGGAGCUCACAACUAGGUCUGGAGAAAUGGUGUCAGUGUUCUGAGUCUCACAGGUUGAUUGGAGAAAGAGACACUGCAGGAGGUUAAGGCCUUGCUGGUAGCUGGGAGAUCAGCCUCUGGACUGAAUCUUUGUCAAAAGCCCCACAGAAGCUUAUUUAUUGAUAGCUUUUGUGUAAAGUAAGUUCCUCAUACCCAAGUCCCUGAUCUAAUUUAUAUGUUUCCUGAAGGAAAGCAUUUCACCCUUGUGGCCUCAGUCCUUAUUAUCCAAUGCAAGAUAUUCCAGGUGUGCCAGGAUUAUCUUGUGACCAAACACAUGCAAAGACUGUAGAGCUCCUUGAGAAAAACUACUCUAUAGAUAACAGAAAACAAUCACUGUUUUCUACAAAGUUUUUUUUUUUUUCAAGGUCUAAGUGCCAUGGACCGACCCAGCUGGGUCCCACAAUUGCGGGAGAAUCAGGGAUUUUGGAUAUUAGGAAGGCACCGAGAUAGCUUUGACUCUGCUGCAAUUUUACUGAAGUCAGGCUAAUAAUUUUAUAGUGAUUACAAAGGGAAACACCUUAAAGUUGGCAUACUUCCCAGAAUACUUAGAUUUUUACCAAGAAUACAAAGUUUACAUUUUAAAAGUGUAGCCAAACAUAAAGCAGUGCCCACAAGAAAUCUUGGCCUGAGAACUUCUUGACCAAAGCAAACAAAGGACAAAAAAACCUCAAACUGCAGUUUCAUUAUUGCUAACCAGUGGAGAGGAAAGUCAGGGGCUAAAUCAGAUACCUGCCAAAAUCUUUUUCUGCAUCAAAGUCUAAAUACACCUUUGUUUUGUUAACCAUCCUCCCAUAUGUCUUGCUAAAGAUUUAUAAUCUUCCUUAGAAACAAGACGCCAAAGGGAGGCAUGCUCGAGCCAGCUGUACUUUCCUAUGCUCUCUCUUCCUAAGGAGGAGCCCAUUAUUUUUUCACUAUUCUUGUAAUGUUUUCUGAUACUGAAUUUGAUUCAUUACUUCUUUUAAAAUUUUAUUUUUCUUUCAUUCUAUUCUAGUUAAAGCUUUUAGUAAUCUAUCAAAAAUGUUUCCUUGAAUAGUUAAUUGUGCUGUUCCAAGAAUCAUAGAGAAAGAUCAAAAGACUCGUUAAUCGAACCCCACAACCGCAACCGAGAAAGCGUAGAAAUCUCAGAAUAUGUCUUUUUAGCUUAAGUGGUCGCUAGGGACCUCCAGGGAGAGUAUUUCCGAAGAAAGCGGAUCUCCCGUCUAGUAGCACAAUCUAUUGAUAUGCUACUCUGACGAUGUUGGAGUGGGUGUAGCAUCUAAGUACUUAAAAAAAAAAAAGCUUUUCAUUCUGAUAGUUACCCUAGAUACAGGAAAACCACUAUUUCAUUCUACUGUCUAUCCUAAAUACAGUGAUUCUAGAAUUCCGUUUACAAAUGGCUUCUCAACACCUAUUUUUGCAGAGGACCAAACAAAUAGCUCAAAAGUAACCCACUCCUAUGAUAAUUAGCUAUUAUUGCUAACAGGGUGGGCCCCCUCUGGAGAGUGGAAGACUUUGUUUGAACAGGGCUUUUGACAUGUUGCCUAGCUUGGUCUUGAACUUGCUCAGCCUCCUGAAUGUUGUUGACUAUCAGUGUGUGCCACCACACCUGAGUCCUACUUCUUUUUUUUGUUGUUGCUUUGUUUUUUGUGUUGGCAUACUUUUUUAAAAGCUUUUGCUUCUUGUAUCUUUCUAUUCCACCCCAAUCCCUUCCAGCACCCCAGCACCAGAAUAGGAGAGGGUUACUGGCACAAUUCUCUCAGCUACUUCCUGCUGGUUGGGGUCCUCAGGUUCUUCGGCAGCUGCUCUUGUCUACACUGACACAUACUUUUUGCUGUUGAGCCUCGAGCUAGGUUCCAGCCAGAAGUUAACCAGAUGUUCUUGCCAGAAAUGGCUCAUUUGCUUCUCUGGCAGAGCCGUACCGUAUCUGAGUUAAUGCACUGGCCGUCUUAUGCUCUGAGGCUGCAUCGAGCAUUUCGAGAUCUAAAACUUUCAGCGGCUACUGGGAAAGCUAAUGGUGUUAAUGUUUUAACCUGAGGCUGCUCCUCUGGCACCUCAGUUUGCUCAAGAUUAACGUGUUUUCUUGAAACAGGCCUUUUGCCUUUAACCUUUCGCCUGUACAGUCUUCUGCUCCUCUUGGCUCCCCAGCCUGUCCAGAGGCUGUGGGACCUUGACACUGAAAGUGCACGGAGCAGAGCUGGGCAGCAGUUGUGGAGCAUUCAGGUAUUCUCCCUUUACCAAUGAUGCUUUUUGUUUUCCAAACAUUUCAGCCUCUACCUGCUAAUUUCCUACUCUCAUUGCCAAUUCUGCAAUGAAACAAAACCAAAGAAUCCCCUCUGGGAGAAAAGUGGGAAUAAAACCAGCGGUGGCAGCCUCCGUUCUGCUCGUGUCCUGAAACGGCCUAGUUUCUCUGUGCCCUACUGUCUCCUGUAUGGCGUGACUCAUUAUUUUAAGUCCAAUAUCUGGGCACCAUUUGUUGGUGAACUCUUAAAAAACUUUGUUUCUUAUCUUUUUCUCCCUACUCCACCCCAAUCCCUUCCAACACCAGGUAGGAGAGAGAGAGGGUUAGUGGGAGAGGGCGCAGUUCUUUCUUAGCUGCUUCCUGCUGGUUAGGGUUGUCAGGUUCCUUGGAGCCAGUACGAUCCUCAUUUCAGGAGAUCUCCAACCUCUUGUCUCACAGCAGCAAGGGGGAGCAAAAUUGUUCUUUCUCUGAUCUCCUCUCUGGGCUCUGGUAUUUAUUUUCUCUCCAGAGUCCUCAGAUUGAAACUAUCUGCAGCUGGCAAAGAGCUCCUCUCAGAGCCCACAUGAAGCAAAGAGUUUGCUGCUGUGGACCAUCUGAAUCAGUCCCCCCUCCCACACCUGGAACCAAAACAAAAACAUGUUUAUAUCCACAACAUUUUUGUUUUUUAGAAUUGCUGUCUCUGCAUAACUUUGGCUGUCACAGAACUCACCCUGUAGACCAGGCUGGCCUUGAACUCAGAGAUCUACCUGCUUCUGCUGCUUCCUUAGGGCUAUGAUUAAAGGCUUCUUACCACUACUCCUUAACACACAGGCACACAUUUGUGCAGCUGAAUCCUAAGUGUGGGUGGAGGAGGGACACUCAAAACAAUCACUUAAGGACAAAAUGGCUCCACUAGGUGUGGGCAGAACAUCAGUCCUCAAGGACAUCAGGAGCAGGUUUUCACAGCCCUUUUCACAAAAGCAGGAAAUGCUGCCGGGGAAAACCAGACAAAGACAUGGAAGCUCAGGUUUGGGGGCAUGGAACAUCUGAGAGCUGAAAGUAAGAAUGUAUAUUCUUGGGCCUGGCACAUGCCUUUAACCCCAUAGAACUCACUGUGCAGACCAGGCUGACCUCAGUCUCUCAGAGACCGAUCUGUCUUCUAAGUGCUGGAGUUUAAGGUGUGCACCAACCUGGUCUAGUGAUUAACUCAUUAAAAAAAAAAUCCUACUAGGUUUUUAUUUUUUGAAAUUAAAGUGUAAUUACAUCAUUUCCCUAUUUAUGUAACAACCCUGGCUGUCUCUCAAAUUUAUGGCCUGUUUCUCUGUUUCAAAUGUAAGUGCAUAUAUAAAUACAACAAGCCCAGUUUGUAUGUUA